AUGGCUUGGAAGGGGAGGGGCAGGAUCUUCGUCGUCCUCUUCUGCACGCUGUCACUCUGGGCCUUCUUCCCCGUCCUCGCGCCCCUUCCUGCACUCUCUUCUUCUUCUGGUGUCUCCUCCUCCGAGAGCCACUCCUCGAAGGUGCUUUUCGCUCAUAUAUCGUUACAGUCCCGAAUCUACGUUUGCAUUUUCUUGUAACCCGGUCGGAUUGGUUAUAGUUAGCUGGGAAAUGGAACCGCAAAAGAGACCUAGGGGUAUGUGAUUCGCUUUUUAGCGGUUUAACGUGGGGGUUCGGUCUUCGGUCCGACAUGAUUUCCUUUUUAUCUUUGAUAGGGAUGGCCUCGAUGAAAUUAACAACAUGCAUCUAGCUUAAUGGUCUCAUUUACAUUAUGUAAAGGAAGACGCUCCAAUGGUGACCUCGUUUUUAUAGUCUCAUUAGCAUUCUAGAAAUGAUCACGCGUCAAUGCCUAGCUGAUAAUAAUAUGGUGGAAAACAAUCGUCUACUUACUGAGGCAAUAUAUCAUGGUAGUUUCCAGGAAUCCUUGGAUAGAGAGUAAACCAGUAACUUAAAAAGACCUUAUCUGCGUGGAUAGUUUCCAUUAAUGUCUGCUUUCUUUCUGUCAAUCAUCAAAAUGAGCUUCUGAUCGAGAACAAUUUCUAUGAUAACCUUUCAUUGUGUUUUCUUCCACGCUCUGUUGAUUUUUUUUAGAAGAAUUUUGAUUCUUCAAGUGUCCACGAUCUUGUAGAUUGUACGAAAAGGCAAACAAGUCUUUGGUAUUGCUGGUGAUAGUUUAAUCUUUACCAUUGGAUAUUCUAUCUCAGAUUCAGAUAAGUCUUACCUUAAAUAAUUUGACCAAUCACAUGGUACUACGGAUGUGUAAACAUUGCAUCCGUAGGUAUCCGGUUUCCCACCUUAAAUAAACUUUAUCUAGUUGAAUAGGCUAACUUCUUGCACGUUCUUCUUAUCUUAGGUUAACUUCUAGACUAACUCUUUUUUAAUUGCGAAUGAAUUUUUUAUCUUAAUUCAGAUUCCCUUGUUUCUAACACGUGAAUGCAUCAGGCUGGUUUUCGUAGCUUUAGGAUUUCUGAUGACAUGUUUUGGAAGGAUAAUCAACAAUUUCAGAUAAUUGGUGGCGACCUACAUUAUUUUCGAGUACUUCCUCAGGUAUUUCCAAUUUUUAUGUUGCUUGAUUAGUUAUUCUUCAUUUUUGUAACCUUGAUUUUCUGGGAUCAUAGCUUGACUGGGGGUUAAAAACACCAGUGUAUCGGAAUGACACGAUGAAAAGAAAAAUGAUCCAAUGUGUUGGAUCUACAUCCAUGUCAGGAUUAUGCAUACGUACCAACUAUUUGACCCGCUGAAAUGCAUGGGGACUCACAUAUGAUUUUUUUCGGCACUAUCAGGUUGUCUCCCCAGAAUGCCAAGAUCUUUCUGGUAAAGGGUUUUGUUCUUGAAUGUGAUUUGACAUGUGGUUAUUAACUGGUACGUUUGUUUGAGGUGAUAAUAAGGUGUAUGAUAAUAAUUAAAGACGCAUUUGAACUAAGAGAGUGGAACUCUCAUCCAUAGAUGAGAGAAUUGCUCGAUUGAUAGAAUCUUUCGCUUUGCUUCCAUCAGGGCAAACGAGUGGACGAGAGUGUUCUGUAAUGAGGAAGGAAGUGACUCUACUAUUUUGAGAGCUUUGAGACUAUGGAAGAGUUUACACCAUCUUGGUUUCUGUUGAUUUUGUAUAGUGAGUUUUUUCUAGAGUUGAUUAUACACAUGUUUGUAUAUUCUUCUAUCCAUCUUUUAUAUUUAAUGAACUUGGUGCUAUCCACUUAAAAAAUGACGAGCAAUGGCUUCUCCAAAGCAUAGUGAUGAAUGUUGAUGGAAGUGUUCUUACCAAUAUCUCUGAUUAACAGCUCAGAUCAACGUUUCUGGUUUUGUGUAAAGUCAAGAGGUUUGUUUUGCGUCCAAAGACAACAUUUCUUGAUCUUUUUUGCUUGUCUUAUUACUCAAAUGAAAAAAUUUAUUCAUGGUAGCACAUUUUUUCCACUGAGAUCUUUUAUAUGGCAUGUUAAAAUUCUACAAACAUUACUUUUUGGCCAAUGAAAGCUGAUAUUUUGCUUCGUUCUCUAUGAACUUAGAACUUAGAUGAUUUCUUGAAUGCGUGCAGUACUGGGAGGAUAGAUUACUGAGAGCAAAGGCAUUGGGUUUAAAUACCAUCCAGACAUAUGUUCCAUGGAACUUACAUGAGCCACAACCCAGAAGCUGGGUCUUUGAGGAUAUCGCUGAUAUUGAAUCGUUCCUGAAGCUUGCACAUGAGCUUGAACUACUUGUUAUGCUUCGUGUGGGACCGUAUAUUUGUGCAGGUUAGAGUCAGCUAUUCUGUAUAGCUAUUAUGCAUUCAUGUUAAUGAAGAUCACGGAGUCAUUCCAAUUUUAUAAUGUUUAUCUAGAAAAUUCUUGAAUGACUGGAAUGAUGUAAGGAGAAAUUCCCAGUGAUAUGUGACUUCAUCUCUGUCAGAUAUAUAUCACACUUGACUUAUUAAGUUAUGAACUUAAUGAAUUAGUGGAUAUGAUGCAUCAGGGUUAUGAGUAAUUUACUUCUAAUUCCCGAUUUCCAUCUUAGUCAUGGAACGACAGCUUGUCGUAUUGUCUUUUGCCAGCGUGAUACUCUCAAAGAUAUAAUUUCUUUGCUUUAAAAAAUUGCUUUUAAAAAAUUAAUAAAGAGAGCUCCUCGAAAUAGGAUGAUAGGUCCCAUGGUGACCUCUAUCUGUAAUUUGAACCUCAGGAAGAUUCUUGUACUUGUUUAUUAAGCAGAAAAUCUGGGUGGCAACAGUGUGACAGUAAGGUUCUUUAAUAUUAUGACACCUUUAAUUUGAAUUAUUGUUUAACAAAGAAAAAAGGUAUCUUUUCGUCUACAGUUUUGGCAGCUUCAACAUUAACUAUGUUUUUUUAUGUGAAAAAUUGUAUCUGAUAAUUUGAUGCGAUUUCAUGAGAUGGAUCCGUAAUCGUUGAAGCCUAUAGUUUCACCUGAUACUUUUACGUUUGGGUAUACAAUAUUUUAAGGAUUUAACACAAUCAAUGUUUGUGUAAGCCUAAAAUCAUAUUCUGGCUUUGAGGGAAUGGCCAUGUCACAACCCAUGUCAGAAACCAUUGUUUAAAAACUUACUCCCUUCAUCUUCUGAUUUGUAAAGGUGACUUUCAAAAUCAUUUGUUGGCUUCUUCUGAUUCAUAAUUUGUCAAUUUUCUUUCUUCCGAUGAAAUAAAAAUAUUGGCUUCUGAUUUGUCGGCUGUUUGUUAGUGUCUUCUCCUUUUUGUGAUUCUGGUCCCAUAUUCUCCAUUUCUAGGACUUUCCAUGUUGGCCAUGUUCGAAACUUUUUAUAGAAACACUGGCCCACUAAGUUUCAUAGGCGACCCCGAGAAUCCUCAAGGGCAUCUCAACUGGGAAAUGGGUUCUUACCUGCAUUUCUUAAAUGAAAUGACUAGUUUGUGGAUGAAUUCCUGUUGUUAUAGUCCUUUGAGUUGGGCCAGUGAUUUCCUGUACCUGAGCCACAGGUUCCUCUCUUAUUUACGAAUUAAUUUUGGCAAAACCCUUAACGAUACCCUGUUGCUAUAUUGAAAUAGUUACUUAUCAGAUGAAACUAAGACAGUAGCAAAUGGCCACUGUUCUCUUUGAUGUCUUGGUAAAUUUACUUUUUCUUGUUCUGAUUCAUUUAUUGUCCACGUUUUUGGAAACCGUAUAGAAUCAUUCUUUUUUUGCGAUGGAGCACUCAGUAAUGAAAUAUUCAUGGAUCUUCAUAACUAACCUCAAACAUUUCAUUUAAAUCAUAGACAUUGUUGAUAGCAUAUUUCAUUUUCUUGCUCAUUUCUUUUGCCAUCCCUUGUUUCUUGUGCAUAUUUUUGGCAGAAUGGGAUCUUGGGGGUUUUCCUGCUUGGUUACUUGCCAUAGAACCAACCCUCAAACUAAGGUCAUCAGAUCGUGCUUUCCUUCAGUUGGUAACCAUUUCCCCUCUAAAUUGAUCUAGUUCAGUUCAUGCAUGCUUCCUGAUUUCUGGCAGCUUGCUGUUUGCAGAAUAUAAGAAAAUGAUGUAUUAAAUAUCUCUAAUAUGACUUUCUUUUGUCUUCUCGAUUAUGGAAGGCCUCUUCUGAUUUUUCCUGUAAUAAUUUACACCUCUUAUGGUGCAUAGAAACUUUAGUUGUAUUUUUAAGACAGAUGAAUAAUUAAUGAGAACAUAUGGAUUCGACAAGUGAUCAAUGAGGUAUCAACAGCCACCACCAUCUCAGCCAUAUCCUAUUAUGCAUGAGUCUCAUGGACCAGUUUUCGUUCUUCAAUAUUUAGGAGCAUAACGAUUAUUGAUUCAAACUUAGGGUACCAUGCAUGCGUUAAAUGCAUCCAUCUUUGGCCUCCCUUCUGCUUCUUUUGUGCUUUUAACGUGUCCUUGAUUCUCACUAUAAGUUUUUCGUGCUUGUUCCUGCACGUAACAACAUAGGGUAAAUGUGCCCUCACGUUAUCAUUCGUAUCACAUUGUCCUACCCCUGGGAACCCGUAUUUUAAUCCGAAUCUUAUCAAUCUUUCUGUGCUCUCACCAUACCAAAUAUCUUUUCUGGAUGCAUAUUUUUGGUACGCUGCAUUUUAUAUUUGACAGUGCAAAUUUUAAGAAACUUUCCUUUCAUUUCAUCGUUAUGAGCUGAGGAAACUGGAAACGAAUCAAUAAUUUCGGAAAGUAAUAUCGACAAAGUUUCCUUUUUCUACUGUCAUGAUAAAUGCAUUUUCUUGUUAGUCUCAAAUUUCUUCAUCCUAGUGAUUAAGGCGCAUUAAAUCAGUCAUUUGGAUGAUUGACCAGGUAGAGAGAUGGUGGGAUGUCCUCCUCCCAAAAGUGGUACCUUAUCUGUAUAAGAAUGGCGGCCCUGUUAUAAUGGUUCAGGUAAGAGAAAUUUUCUUCAUUUUUCUUUAGUUUAUGCAACAGAAGUUGCACUUAGACUAUGAACUUAUCACCUAGUAACUUAAUUAUUCUACUACCCAGCUAGAAUUAUUCUAUUGUUAUCAUCAUCUACUUUGAUUUUAUGCCAUUUCUCACUUCAAAAGCCGUCAUACUGUUUCUUGCAGAUUGAAAAUGAGUUUGGAUCAUAUGGAUAUGACCAGCCUUAUCUUCGUCAUCUAGUUGCUUUGUCUAGAAGACACCUCGGACAGGAUGUAAUCUUGUGCGUAUUCUUGUUGAUUCGUUUGUAUUUAAAGUUUCAUAUAGAGAUUUUUUUUUUUGUGGAAAACUGUUAUCACAUUUUCUUUCUAUUUCCUUCGCUCUCUACGAUUGCUAGGUUAGCAGCAUACAAGAAUUCGUGAAAUUAAAAAGUUGUGCUGCAUCAUAAUGACUUGAAUGUGUCACUAGCUACUGAAAACUUCUAUCUCAAGGAUGAUAUUUUGCUCAUUCAAAAUGCCACCUGAGUUGCAUUUGUAAUCAAGGAUUUCAUCCUUGUCUUAUUCUAUUACUGCGAUAUGUUGUAAAAAAAAUAUUAAUCAAAUGAAGACUGUGAUACAAUGAUGGAUACCUUCAUGAUGUGCAUAACAUCAAAUUUCUAUGCGAUGUUGAUUUUGGCCAAUGAUUGGGUAUUUGUAGGUAUACUACGGAUGGAGGCUCUCAGGACACGCUAAUGAGAGGAACUAUACCUGGAAACGAUGUUUUUGCAGGUGAUUCAUCCUUACCGUUAGGCAUUCUUCCAUUCAAAUGUCAAUUUUGGACUCCUAAAAAGUGACAGUAAAAUAGAUGGAGAUUUCUGUUUUCCAAAUGUAUACAAAAAGUGAAAUUGAAUUCAUGCACAUCUUGUUUGCUGUGGGAAGUUCGAUUCAGAAUUGUCUGUCAUUAAUGUACCGUGGAAAGUGUAUAUUGUCCUCGCUGUUAAAUGUGAAAUCCUUUCUGAUUAUAUUAAAAUUGAGGAAAUAUGGUAGCAAAAAGGUAAGGCCUAUUAUGCCCGCUUUCUGUUUAGAAUAUAAAUGGCAUGUGAUUGCUGGCGUAGUGACAUAGAGCCUUCCUGAAGCAUGCAAAUUUUCUUCCUUUGAUAUUUGCCUUUCAAAGAGAGGCAAUUAAGCAAGAAAGAAACGCUUCACAGUUCUUCCUCAUUUAUUUUUAUUUUUUGAAUUGGAAAUUCGCAGCUGUUGACUUCUCAACUGGUGAAAAUCCAUGGCCUAUAUUUGAGCUGCAGAGGAAGUUUAAUGCUCAGGGAAAAUCACCACGUCUAUCAGCGUCAGUAUAAUGGUAACUUUUUUUCAGCGGAACAUUAGUGAAGAUAGAUUUUGACAUAUGUACCUUUUUAUUUCACAGUGAAUUUUAUACAGGUUGGCUCACACAUUGGGGGGAAAGAAAUGCAGAAACCGGAGCUGAGUUUACGGCUAGGGAGUUGCAAAACAUUCUGUCUCGAAAUGCUUCCGUUGUGCUUUAUGUAUGCUUUUUAAUCUUUCUUGGAAGCUCUUAUUGGGUGGUUUUCAAUUAUUCGUAUGAAGUUAAAAUAUUAAUUCUUACAGAUGGCUCAUGGUGGAACCAAUUUUGGGUUUUAUAAUGGCGCAAACAUUGCUCAAUCUGAUUCUGAUUACAAACCUGAUCUCACUUCCUAUGAUUACGUGAGUACGAAAGAAUAAUUCAAAAAAGACCUGUAGUUUUAAUUCAAAUGAUUUAGGGAUUGUCUAUUUUUUUCUAUUCAGGAUGCACCAAUUAAGGAGGACGGCGAUGUGGAAAAUCUGAAGUUCAGAGGCAUGUUCUCCUUGUCCUUAAUAGAUAAUAUUUCUGAUUUCUAGUUACACUGGUUGACUAUGUUAGCGAUUUUAAGAUUCUACGAGUUGAAUACAAAAUCUUGAUACAUUGCUGAAAUUGGAUGAAGCACAACGCAUAUGCCAAAGCCUUUGGAUAUCAUGUGCUUAUAUCUACUUACCCACUAAUUAUUUUAGAGGUUUGACUGGGAUAUAUAUGAGUUGACAUGACUCAGUCUUGAUUUGGACUGACUUACCAUAGAGUCGGCCUUAUUCAUACGGUGCGAACUUCGGGUUUUUUGUCUACACAUAGAAUGAUCUACUCGCCAGUCCCAUUCAGCUUUGGACUCAUGAAGCCCAAAACCUGCUUGUCAUGGACUACCUAAUUCCAAACGGGUGUUAUUAUUAAUGAACCAUCUCCUAGCAUAAAGUCUUGGACACUCGUCGGUUCAGAAUGUUUGACUUUCUGUCAGUUGUUUGAUUUUCGUAUACAUUUGUCCGUUCUUGAACAUUAUCAUAUUUAGAGACUAUUAAAUAUCUUAAGUAAAAUCAAUGUUUUCUUAUUUUGAUGUUCAGUUGUAGAUCUAAAAUUAUACACAGAAAUAUACUGCACGAAGUUUGACUUGUGUCCAUUUGCACGCACCUUUCUAUCAACAUAACUUGAGAAUCGUUGUUUCGUCAAUUAAGAUUUGGAGUUAUCCGUGUCUCUUCAAUAGAUGUUGAUACUUAAUAGGUUGCCGGACGAGAAUAAUAUGUGGACAAUCCAUCAUGAAAGAAUGCCGAGACUUUUGGCAUAAAUAGCAGACUUUGGUCUAUUUAGUGAGUGACAGAAUGUAUUUCCUUUUUCAGCUAUUAGAAGUGUGAUAGCGAAGCACAGUAGAGCAUUGCUUCCUCCAAUGCCUUCCAACAAUGAGAGGAGUGGUUAUGGAACUGUAAAGGUGAGCAAAGUUGCCUCUUUAUUUGAGGUACUACACGCAUUGCAUGAUCCGGCAGAGGUUGUGGAGAAGCAAAGGCCUGUUGCAAUGGAACUUGUGGGACAGGUAUAUAAAAAUAAAUACCUUUUUUCAUCCUUGUUGAGCAUGGUCAAGCCAUUCUUAAUCAUAAUUAGCUUUCAUUUGUGUGAUUCAGAUGUUUGGCUUUUUACUUUAUACGUCAGAGUAUCCUGGAAAACAGAAGGAGAUUCUGCUCUCAAUUCCAAAGGUUUAUCUCCCAAUUUAAAACUCUUCGAUGCGUAGUUUUCUAUGCUGCUGUAGACAUUCUCAUCGUGCAUGUUUUACUGCUGACAGGUGCAUGACAGAGCUCAGGUAUUUGUUUCAUGUGCGGCAGACAAAAAUCAAAGAAAUCCAACAUAUGUGGGUGUAAUUGAAAGAUGGUCAAAUCGAGAACUUCUUAUCCCAAAUCUUGAAUGUCCUUCUGAUAUCCGUCUGCUUGUUCUGGUACAUUCCUAAAGUUUUUCUGACCCCAAUACAUUAGUGACUGAGUUUGAUUUCUUUACGGGUUGUAUCUGCUGUGCCCUGUUGCAUUUGAAGUACACUAUGUAAAAUCAAUCAAAUCCGAUACACUGCAUACAGAAUACCUCAACAACCUUUUCGAUGGCAUUUUCAAUGAGAACUAAAGACUAAAUUUUUUAUUAGUUUCUUUGUUCGUCAUUGUGGCAAGGAUAGAUCCCAAGUUUCUUUGAGGUUGUACUUGGAAACGUGGAGUGGGAGAGAGAUUAAUGAGAGUCGUUACCUAAUUCCUAGUCAAAGAAUGAUGUUUGCAUGUCCACACAAAUAUGGCAGUGUGGACAUUAAAGGUGUUUUGUAUAGAAUCUUUCUCAGUCAAAGUACUUGGCAAGUUUCUCAGUGUUUUGUAAAGUUUACUCUCAGAAUUUACUAAUAUGACAUCAAAAGUUUUUAGAGCUUUCUUUCUGCUCUUUAAGGUGUUUAUAAUGCCCGAGAUCUUUCAGUAUUACAAGAUUUAUUUUAUUUAUUCGUACUUAUUGCCAUAUAAAAUAUUUGUUUAACCAUUUACUGUUUAUUAUUAUAUUUAACUUGUGUUUUUACCAAGAGUUGAUUCUAGAAUUUUUAGUAAUAUUCUGUAAUUUUUCAGUAGUGGUGUCAAGUUAAUAUCUUGGAGAUAGUAGGCUUCGUCGGGAUCAAGGCAUCUUAUACUCUAUUCGAUCCUAAUAAAAUAGAUGUAUGGUACUUGAAUUUGACAGAAUGCUGGGACUAAAAUUCUUGAACGAUCAUUUUGAACAUUUUUCACUGCUGAAAUAAAGAUAGCGCUCUGGCAUCCCCGACAGCUAUUUUUUAUUGAUUAUGUCUGGAGUUUCACUUAUCAAGUUAAUGAUACUGUUUAAAGCUGGAAAUAAUACAGAGACAAUGGAGAACUCUACCUCCAUAAUUAUUUUUUGUAAGCCCGCAAGCUUGGAAUGAUCAGUGUUUCUAUACUUUUACGUGAGCACAUGUGAAAUUAGAUUUGAGGCUAAGUGGCUCACUCUUGUAGAUCAACUUUAUGUAACAUAUUCCUAGUUUCUUUACUUUUCUUUUCUUUUUUUCUUUUAUUAUUAUUAUUAUUAUUAUUAUUAUUGCUUCUCUGUGAAUCUGAUACUACGUAAAAUCACAGGUGGAGAAUAUGGGUCGUGUAAACUAUGGUCCGUACUUGUACGAUAGAAAGGUAAUUAACUCUUACAUUAAUGGAUUUAAAUUGCUCCUACCUCGGUCUUCCUCUGGGUAAAUUCCAAGUCCACUGGUGAGAAUGUUUUCUUGUCAAUCCAAGCUUCCCUUUUAUGAAGAAAAAAAUUCAUAAUUUUAUUUGGGAUGGGUUGAGAAUUUUAGAGACAUCGUCAUUUUCUUUUGGGAUUAAUCUAUAUCAGCAGACAUUUCCGUGACUAGAAGAUUACCUGUUGGUUUUAAAUUUCGUGAAGAUUUGAUAAUGUCAUUUCAAAAACCGAAUAUUUGAUCUUGCCCUCAUUCUCAUCAUUUAUUUUUCCCUUUUUCUUGAAUUCAGACGAAUGACUGCCGUCAAGAUGAAUAGACGGCAGACAUAUUCAAAUGAGACCUGCCUGCUCGCAGCCUUUACUUUGUUUUAAUUUACUGGGUACAAACGCGCAUCGUAGAAAUCAUUGGUUUGUUCACAUUCUUUACUGUACAAGGAAAUGUAUUAACUUUUGCCUCAUUUCAAACGUACUAACGAUUUAUUGGGGAGAAAUAUUUCAGAUCGCCCAGUAAUAGAGGAAUCUAGGAAAUUUUAUACAGGCGAUCAUAGCCAUCUGAAAAACAUGGCGAAUCAAGUUAUAGUUGACAGAUCCAUUACAAACUUAUUAAAUCAUCUGAGCUUCGUCCAUGCCUUCAACGUUAAGCAAUAGGAUGAUCGACAGUGUACGAACUCAUAUGUAUCAUCUUUCCCUUGCACCUUCCAGGGUAUACUCUCUGACGUCAGACUCGACGGUGAUGUGCUUCAGCAUUGGAGGAUGCUUCCUAUCUCAUUUCGCAACCUGAGCAAUCUUCUGCUAGACGAUCUCAUCACACAAGUUGCUGACUCUAGAGCUGCUGUUACGUCUGGUAAGCUUCAAGCAUCAUCUGAAUAGCUCCGACUCCGAUGAACUUGCCCAGAAAAAUCACAUUAGUACCCGACCAGUUAGAUGCCGUCAUAUCUGAAAAUUCUAUUCCGGUGCUUUCGUCAAUUUGUCGAUAAUUGACAUCCCUGUAAACCAAACAAUUCUGUUGUUAGAUGUUUUCACGGGGGAUCUUUGCAUGCUGAUAGGGUUUCAACUUUUUUAUUUGAACACCGAUUGCCAUAAGAUGGUGGGCAACUCUUGGAUAAAUAUGGCACAAUCAUCAGAGGAAAACCAGCCAUAGUGUACCAGGCUAUAUGCCUCAACUGGUUUUCCGCCCUCCCACUGCUGUUUCUGGCUGGCUCCUCAUUUCUAGACAUUCUUUGAUCGGUUGGCAUCAACGGAUUAGAUCUUUGAGAAAUGCUUUGUGAUCCACCACUCGAUCCCGUAUUGAUGCGAUGAGGUUUCUGAUGGUCAUAGAGGGUAUAAUGGUGACGACAAUAACCACCUUGAGCAGUAGCUGGCAUUUCAAAUCAUAUUCAUGGUACAACCAGCAGUGCUCAGGCAAUGGAUUUCGACGAAAUAAAUACUGAAUUUAAGUUUUUCCUUGUAAAGUCUAGCCUGAAAUGCUUUUAACAAAAUCAGUAUUGGUUUUCUGCGAUAAUUUUCAAGAAAACCCAAUCGAACAUAAUUGAAAAGGGUUAUAAUUGGCUGUUUAUUGAUCCGAACUGUCUAUUGAAGAUCGCCACUAUUUAUCGAGGGUGGGGAGGGGAGAGGGGAACCAUGGAUGGAUGGAUGGAUACCGAAGUAGGGAUUCCACAUGGAGGCAGGGCAUACAUAAUAUAACGGUGAUUCAUUAUAUCUUGAUUUUUUUGAGAUCCCCCCUCUAUGUUGCAUCUCUUAACCACGGUGCAUGGCCCUUGACGGCUUCUAAUCGCGGUAAUUGACUGGUCUCUGCUGGCAGGGAAGGCUGGACCUGGAUUUUACGAAGCUCGCUUGACAAUCGAUCAAGGGGCCCGAGUGAAGGACACCUUCAUUUCGUUCGAUGGAUGGAACAAAGGGGUGGUUUUUGUGAACGAUUUCAAUCUCGGGAGAUACUGGCCGGUAGGAAUUCUCUCGCCUGUUUUGCCCAUUCAGCGGUUUCGGUCUCUCGGGCCUGCAUUCUUACGAAGAUUAACGGCCAGCUUAUUUGCAGUCAGCAGGGCCGCAGUGCACACUCUACGUCCCCGCUCCGCUCCUCCAUGCAGGGGUCAACGUUGUGGUAUGUUGAUCCAUCUAUUGGCACCUUCAUUUCUAGGAUAAAUGCCUGGCUGAGUCAUCUCAAGACAUCGAGCCGCAUCCUUCUCUCUAGGGUCUCCCUAGCUUUGGCUCCCGGAAUCAGCUGCAAUCCCGUCUUUUCUGAUAUUGCACAUAAGUGCCCCGAACAAUGCUGAUUUAAAAGCCCGCCCCUCUAGAAAUACCAUCCUUCUCUCAGGGUCCCCCCUAGUUUGAUACAUCAUACAAUUACCCAGUCUUUUCUGAUAAUGCACAUAAUUGCCCCGAACCACCCUCUAGAAAGAGCAUUCUUUCUAUCUUUUAGCUAACGGAAUCAGUUGCAAGCCCCCGUUUUUUCUGAUAUCGCACCAAAAUUUCCCCGAACCAUGCUGAUUUAAAAGCUCUCUCUAGAAGCAAGCCCUCCCUCUAGAAGCAGCCGACACUCCGUCGGCAUGACCACAUAGCGGCGUGCUGACCUGUUUGUUUGGCUCUUGGCAGGUGAUACUCGAGCUGGAGGCGCCCCAUCCUGAGCUUGUCCUCGAGUUUGUGGACCGCCCCGACUUUACUUGUGGAUCCCAGUCUCGCUUGCCUUGA